CCGUAUCUCAUCUCAUAUUUCUCGCUCAUGUUCAUCGGCAAUCCUUUUCUCUCUCAUCUUAAUCGUUAAACCCUUUUCUGUCGCUCAUCUUCAUCAAUGAUCUCUUCUCCUCUCAUCUUCAUCGGCGAUCGCUUCUCGAUCUCUCAUAUUCAUCGGCGGCCUAUAAUCUAUCUCUUGCCUUCCUCACUCAUCUCUGUCUUCCAUCUCUCAUGUGCCUGUGACUGCCAUGAAUUACUCUAUAUGAAUUUUCAUAUGAGUCAAUCUGAAAUUAUGAAAAGUAUCAUGUUCUCCACAUGGAUGAUUUGCAAUGGACUCACGAAGAAAGGGACAUAUCAAGUCAUCAAGAUGAAUCAUUCAAGCAGCAUGAAUGCCAUGUGUGGAGUGGAAAAUGUAGAGUGCAAUAAUAGACAUUUGAUAAUGGAGCAAUUGUGGUGUAUUUGGAAGAAAAAGUGCAUUUCAUUUUAUAAUAAUGUGCAUUUUUGUUUGUAAAAAAUUACAACGUAUAAUUUCACAAAGUGUGAUAUAAUACUUCACUUUUCUUUAUAUUUAAGAUGCA